GUGGAGGUGGACAUUUGCUGAGAGGAAGUCUGGCUGGGAAUAUUUUUUUUCAAACAAAAAAAAAGGACAGAAGAUUUGGAUUGCUUUUUCAAAGGAUUAUGGGUGGGAGCGGCGCAUACCUUCUGGCCUGUAUUAGCCUCGUGAUGACUUUCUCUGCCUCAGUCCGGUCUCUUCAUCCCCCUCAGGCAGUGCCAGGUCUCGGAUCAGCAUUUUCGGCAACUCGAACCCACAGUAUGGUGGGAGGAAACCAGAGGGUCAUGACCUUUGACCGACUCCUUGUCAACAUUGGAGGAGAUUUUAAUCCCGACACUGGUUACUUCCGCUGUCGCAUCCCAGGGACGUACUAUUUCUCCUUCUCCGCUGGGAAAUUUCCAAAGAAACUCCUAUCUGUCAUUCUGGUGAAGAACGGGCAGGAGGUCCAAGCCAUGGCCUAUGAUGAUAACAGAAAGAAGGGCAGGAAAGUUGAAAGUCAAAGUUUAAUGGUCAGCCUGAGAGAAAAGGACACUGUGUGGCUACUGCUUCAGCAGAGCCCUAAAUACGCUUUAUACAGCAACGUGGGUCCUUACAUCACCUUUUCCGGUUACCUUGUUUAUCCCGACUCACCUUCAAACGGCUUCAUCAGCAACCAUCUGACUCCAUCAGGACUUUCCUUCCCCAACUGUCCGCCCUCAAGUCAAGCUGGGUUGAGGGGUCACACGUUAGGUCAACCAAGGUCGGCCUUCUCGAUGGCUCGCACUUCCACAUGCAUAGGCCAGACCAGCAAACGGCCCCAGAGGCCACCUCUGACCUUUGACGUGGAGUACGUCAACAUCGGAAACCAUUUCAACACAUCCUCAGGUAUCUUCACCUGCAGGUACCCAGGAGUUUACUUCUUCGCCUUCACCAUUGGGAAACAUCCCCGUAAGGCUGUUUCAGUGAAGCUGAUGACUGGGAAGGGCGAAGUCCAGGCCAUGGUGUUUGACGAAGACAUGUCCAAGCGAAGAGAGAUGCAGAGUCAGAGUUUGCUACUGUCCCUCCAGCAAGGGGAGCGUGUCUGGCUCUACAGCCAGCAGGACGAACGCUACGCAGUGUACAGCAACCAGGGCAGGUACACAACCUUCUCUGGCUUCUUGGUGUAUCCUGAAGAUGACCAGUACUUUUCCAGGAACCUGGACAGAACUCAUGUGUGAGACUGUUGUUGCUUCUAAUGCCACAUUAAGUAUUGUAUAUCUGUUCUCUUGAUCCUGGUUGGAUACAGUUACCUUCAAAAAAUCAACCCAUUUUGAUGACAUAAAUUUACAUUUUUAAGGUAGGAUUCUUCAGAAAUCAGGCUCUUCCUCAUUUCAUUUUAUUGAAAAACAAAUAUGAAAAAAAUGAAAUGCCUCGUGCAUUGUGUCAAAAAAACUGGAAAGAUUAUUUAUUACCGGUAAUAUACGCACAUACUUUUUGCAACUAGACAGACCCUCUAGAGAGCACAUGCUUCUGGCAAACCUCACAUUUCCACCCGCAUUAUGUUUUCACCCGGUAUUAUGGCUCUAGAUGAAUCUUAUCCGACAGUUGUUAAAAUAUCACGGACUCCGUUAAGCUCUAUUAGACAGCAGGUGGCAAUAGCGUCCCAAUGAUCCCACAGCACGAGGACAUACGGUAGAAGAAGUCAUGCAGCAGCGAAACCAUUGUAGUGAAUUAGCAAAACAUUGAACAAAAUCCUGUUGACACUAAAGAAUGCCACGAAAAUAUCAUCAUAUGUAAGUCAGUCCAUUGUUUGGUCUCGUUAAUAUAUUUUCAUUUUGUUUGUUGAGUCAUUCAAACAAAUUGAAGCAAGUGAAGCUACAGUAUUAUGUAUAUUCUUUUUGUUAGUCAGAUAAGCGUAUGAAAACAUUAUUAUAAAUAAAAAAAAAUACUCGUGUAUUUGCGUCAAAUCGUGCCACAUGGUAGCGCUGUUCUGUGAUUACUGUAAACUCACACAGAAGUGCUCUAAGGCUCAUGCAUUAUUCGCAGCGGUUUUGUUAAAAUAAUCGUGAUCAUAGAGAGGAAACUUUGUGUCAUAAUGUACUAAUAAGAAAUGCCUUCAUUUUAUUGUAGAGAAGUAAAAUGCUUUUUUGAAUAAUGUGUCAUGUAUUUCUUACAAAAUGUCUAGUCCAACAUGGCAUCUCUGUCUUGUAGUAUUUUUUCAUCAUGACUCUUGAAUCAUGAAUAUAAAACAUGCAUUCAUACCACUGAC